ACGCUGGACAAACUUGACCGCAGUGUUUGUGUGUUUUUGACAUUAAGUCCGAAGAAGGGUGUGUUCUCGUUUGCUUUCGCUGAGCGCUGCCUGGUGUCGAACGUGUCGGAAAGCAGACGACUGACGAGCGGUCCUCAGGUGACACACUUGUGCAGCAGGUUGUGGUGUGGACGAUGGCCCAAAAGUUGACCUUGGCAGUACUGGUCUUGUUGGCCAUUGCAGCGGCAACUGUGACGGCGCAGCGGCGGCGCGCGCAGGCUCAGACGCGGACGGCCGACGCGGACGAGUGGAACUACCGGGAUGGCUCUGACAGGGUCAGCAUGAGGGGGGUGGCCAACCUGACUCAGAUCUUGGACAACUGGCGCUUCGACAUACUCAACCAGAUGAAGGGACUCCUGCAGAAUGACCACCAGUCCCUGCUGCCCGACUACGCCAGGAUCCAGCCUCUGUCUGAGGCUCUGGGGGAUCUCUACAAGGAGUUUAACUCCCUGAAAGCUCAUCUGGGCGAGCUGACGGAGAAGUUCACCGCCCUGGAGACCUUCAUGGACGAGGUGAAGGCCAGCCGGGGAGGCACCCGGCCCCAGACCCAGGCCUCGGCCCCCGUCCCCAGGCAGACGGGCAGGCGGGUGGUAAAAAAGAAGACCACCCCUGCGGCCACCACCUCCUAAAAUGAUCAUGUUCACGCUUUCAUUCUUACUCUGCUUUUUUUAUGCAAUGACAUAAUAGAAAAACACAAAAAUAUGAUUUGGUGGGGUGUAAAAAAGUGUUUGUUAUUGGUCCAGGUAAGUGAUGAGAAGCUAUCGAGUAACCAUGAAGGAUUUUCUUCCCUUCUGGAAACAUUUGCGUCGUGUCGGUACACUUUGAGGGAUUUGCUCUUGCUGGUGGAACUCGGCCCAACAUGCUGAACCGCAUCCAAGUCGGAUUGUUUGGACGCGCUUGCUUCCGCUUUGCGUUUUGUUUCCCGCUGCAUCACGCGCUCACAAACAUGCGCACACAUACGCUCCAGUGAACAAAUAAAGUCACUUUUUGCAUCA